AGAACAUUAGUGUGUCAUCCGGUUGAGGACCAGCUUUCAGCAGCAAGUACAGAGUAAUAUAAAUGCACAGACACAUACAGCUCUGUUAGGUUAACGUUAACUGCAUAUGGACGAAGCUGUAAGUCAAUGAAACCGAAAGUGACUUUUCUCCAAUAAGGCAGCCGUCAGUCCCAGCCUGUGCAGUCUACCACGCCUCCAGGUUGGGCCAUGAAUAAACAACCAAGCAAGGAGAGUCUCAGGGACAAGGUGAAGGGGAUCUUUGGGCUGGGACCCCCACGACCACCAAGCAAACAGAGUGAUAACAGACCGUCUGAGUUUAUCAUUACGACUGACAUUAUCAAGGAGCUCCACCCGGACUGCGGUCUGAGCAACCGUGUUCGCAUGAUGAACCAUGUCUGUGAUCUUGCCAAAACUAAAAAAUUUGAGGAGCAUGGAGUGGAGGCAGUAUGGAAAGCUGUGGAGGACAUGCUGUCUCCAGAGCAACCACCUGAAGCCAGACACGCUGUCCUGCAGCUGCUGAGGGCCAUUAUACAGGGACAGGGUGAGCGGCUCGGCCCGCUGAGAGCCUACUUUUUCAAGGAGAUCAGAGACUACCAACCAUGCAACGAGGACCUAUCUGAUAGGCUGGAAGUCUUCAAAGCCUUAACUGAGAACGGGAAAGACAUCACAUACCUAGAGGAGGACAUAGCACCCUUUGUCCUCCUGUGGAUGGAAAUAGGUCUCACCUCCGACUUUCUUCACGUUCUUGUAAAUCUGGUGAAGUUCAACAGCUGCUAUCUGGACCAAAAUGUCUCCGUCAUGGUCCAGAAAAUCUGUCUCCUGUGCAAUAGAACAACAUCUUCAACAGAUAUUGAGGUGGCACUACAAGUACUGGAUGCAGUGGUGUGUUACAACUGCCUGCCCUCAGACUCCCUCACUUUCUUCAUCAUCACUCUCUGCCGUACUGUCAACGUCAAGGAGUUUUGUGAAUCCUGCUGGAAGCUGAUGAGGAAGGUGUUGGGGACUCACCUCGGCCACAGUGCCAUUUACACCAUGUGUCGCAUUAUGGAGGAGAGGGUGUACAUGGAGGAUGCACCAUUGUUGAGAGGAGCUGUAUUCUUUGUUGGAAUGGCUCUGUGGGGUGCACACAGACUCCCCGCCCUCAAAAACACACCUACACUUGUUCUGCCCUCUUUCUACAAGGCCAUGUCAUGUGCCAAUGAGGUGGUGUCCUAUGAAAUCGUCCUCUCCAUCACGAGACUAAUCAAGAAGUAUGGCAAAGAGCUGCAGGUGGUCACCUGGGACAUCCUGCUGGGAAUCAUAGAGCGACUGCUGCAGCAGAUCCAGACAAUAGGCAGUGCGGAGUUGAAGGUCAUCGUGUAUGAGCUGCUGACCACAGUAGAGGAGCUAUAUGAGCAGAACGGUUACCACGGCUCAACAGAGAAGUUCUUCAGUCUGGUGGAGAAAUGUGCUGACAAAAGACCUGAUGCUUCAGUGCUGACCCUCAUCUCCUACAGGGCCCAGUCUAUCCAGCCAGCCAAGGACGGCUGGAUUCAGAGCCUUCACCGCCUAAUGGAGAAAUUCUUCAGGAACGAGACUCGCAGUGUAAUAAGGAUCAAAGUGCUUCAUAUCCUGUCCUUUGUUCUCAAUACCAACCGACAACUCUACGAGGAUGAGUUGAUUGAAAUGGUAGUGAUCCCCCAGAUCAAUGGGAUAGCUGAAGACCGGGACCUGGCCGUCAGAAAACAGGCCACCCAGCUACUGGUGGACCUCGCUGAGGGCUGCAACACACACCACUUCAACAGCCUGCUGGACAUCAUUGAGCGGGUGGCAAGUCGCUCUCUGGUGUGUCCAGGGCCCCUAGAGAUUCCUGAGAGAGACCCUACAGCAGAGUCUCCUAUGGAGGAUGUCAGGACUGCUAUACUGGGCCUGCUGGAAAUCCUGCAGAGCAAGCUUUACAGCCUACCAGCCAGCCAUGCUAGUCGUGUGUACGAGUUGCUCAUCAGCCACCUACAGCUUCACUACAAGAAAAAGUACUGUUCAGUUAUCGCUUCCAGUAUUAGGCUACAGGUGUUUGACUUCUUCCUGAUGAUGCGAGCGGACUCGCUUCACCGUCUCGGUGUCCCCAACAAAGACAGGGCCAUGAGGUUCAGCCCUUACUGCUACUGUGACACCGGGGAGUCAGAGAAGCGUGUGAGUGAAAAGAAGCCCGCAGGUUCAACAUCUCCUCCUGCCGGCAGUCCCGCUCCCCCCGUUGCACCACCUGCUACGACAGCCUCCAUACGCUCAGCCUACCUGCCCUAUGCACCUGCCUUUGGUGUUCUCCUGCAGUGCCUCAAGAUGGAGACAGAUUGGAAGGUGCUGAAGCUGGUUCUCGACAAGCUGCCAUGGACGCUGCAGUACAAAGUGCUGUUGCUGACGUCGCCGUGCAGCCUGGACCAGCUCUGCUCUACACUGUGCUGCAUGGUGACGGAUCGGCUGAUCUCAGAGCGCUUGAAGAAGACCCCUGAGGGGUUUUCCCGCACUGAUGUUCAGCUGGCAGUGGUUCCUGUCCUCACAGCGAUCACCUCCUACCAUAACUACCUGGAGCAGUCGAGACAGAGAGAGCUGGUUCAGUGCCUCGAGACCGGCCUCAUUUACCGCUGUGCCAAACAGUGUGUGGUGGCGCUUACAAUGUGCACCGUGGAGAUGCCUGACAUCAUGAUCAAGCUCCUCCCCGCUCUUAUCGUCAAGCUCACCCACAUCUCCGCCACCGUGGCCAUGGCGUCUCCUAUGCUCGAGUUCCUCUCCAGUCUGGUGCGCCUGCCCCAUCUGUAUGCCAACUUUGUAGCUGAGCAGUAUGUCAGUGUGUUUGCCAUCUCUCUACCCUACACUAACCCUUCCAAGUUCAACCAGUACAUUGUGUCGCUGGCCCACCAUGUGAUCGCCAUGUGGUUCAUACGCUGCAGACUCCCCUUUCGCAAGGACUUUGUUCAGUAUAUCACAAAGGGUUUACGCUCCAAUGCUCUGCUGCCAUUCGACGACGGUCACGAGCAAAGUUCAUUUCGUGCCCGAAGCACCAGCCUCAAUGAACGGCCUAAGAGGAUGCACACCUCAACCACCACCUGCAGUCUGGGCUCCGCUGAUGAAAACGCGGUGACUCAGGCAGACGAGGGGCUGAAGACGGUCCACCUGGAACUCACGGAGACCUGUCUUGACAUGAUGGCACGAUAUGUCUUUUCCAACUUCUCAGCCCUGCCCAAGAGGUCUCCCAUUGCAGAGUUCCUUUUGGCGGGGGGCCGCAGUAUGACCUGGUUGGUGGGCAACAAGCUGGUGACCAUAACCACCAGUGGAGGGGUCAGAACGCAAGCGCUGCUGGGUCUGGAUAUGGCCGAACGACUGGGAGGAGGAGGGGAAAUGACAAGGUCAGAUCCAUCACUGCACACUAGAAUAACCAAAGAGGCUCCAGCCAAACUGGAGUCACAGUCAAGCCAGCAGCACAACAGAGCCACACGCAUACGGGUCCGCUCCAUGUCAGGCGGCCACGCUCUACGUGCCGGUCCUGCUCAGAGUCUCAGUCCUCUGGUGUCCCCCUCUGAGGGCGAGUUAGCUGCUCCGCUCUCUCCCUCCUCUGGUUCCACCCUGGAUAGUCUGGGUCCUCCCUCCUCCACCUCUGCCACCCCGUCUGCUCCCCCUCCUCUCAAAGACAACCCCAGCCUGGCUGAGUUUGUCCCCAUGCUCACACAGGGCUGGGCAGAGAUCUUCAUACGGAGACCGUCUGGUAACACAAGCUGGCUGAUGUGUCUUGAGAACCCGCCCAGUCCCUUCUCCUCGGAGCUCGGCAACAUGCCGCUGCAGGAGCUCUCCACAGUCCUCAUGGCCAUGGAGGGAGUGAAGGAACCUCCUACCGAGACAGCCAGCGCUCCAGCCAGCACUGCUGCUCCUGCACCAGCCUCCAUCUCUGAGCCCCUAAUCCAAACACAGAGCAGUUUUGGAGGGAAGGCAAACUUGAUCCAGCGCUCCAACACUGUGGGUGGCUCGCUCUGGUCUCUGGGUUUGGGCUCUGUCCCCCCAGGCCCUCCAGCCCCUGGCAGGUUGCACAGGAGCAUUUCCUGGGCAGACUCUGUGGUGGUGCUGGAGGAGGGGUCAGGGGUCACCACAGCACACACCCCGUCUGAUUGGCCAGAGAGUGAAGAGUUUGAGCCAAUCACCUCUGAUCCCAUCUUCAUGUCUGAGAAUUUAACAAAGACCCCGCCGACUGGAACGCUCAGUAGGUCCUCCUCCACCUCCAGUCAAGAUGACGAGAAGUCGACGCUGGAGGAGGUGAGCGAGGGAGCAAUUCCCAUUGACCAGCCCACUCUGGGACCCUCCACACCAGGUAGCCAGGGGCCCGAACUUCCCUUCCAGACCCACACUCAGUCCCAGGGUCACGGACUUAACAAGUCCAGUUCCUCUCCGGAGCUCCAAACUUUACCUGCAGCCUUCUCCAAGGCCGCUAUGGAGUCCGAGACUGUGCCAGGAGACACAUCAUGGCCCAAAACACCUUCAGACAGCAAGCCGCAGCAGCAGCAGCAGCAGCAGCAGCAGCAACAGCCUCAUUUUGAGAAAGAGAAGGUGGAGGGAAGCACAGGAGGGGACGUUAAUGGACUGGGAGGUCAGAGUCAAGGGGGUGAAAGCCCAGGUGUAGUGUCAUCUCAAAGUGGAGGAGCAAGGAUGAGAUUAGAGUUUCCAUCAGCAGUGGCGCAACCUGGAGCUGUCUCCCCGAGCGGAGGCCACCGACCCCGGGGUCACACCAUCUCAGUGUCAGCCCCCUCUUCCAGGAGGGAGAGGAGGACGGACAGGGACUCGUACCACAGUCGGCCCGGGCCCAGCAACACUGAGAAGAUUGCUGGACUGAGCCCCAGCUUUGUCUUUCUCCAGCUCUACCACUCUCCUUUCUUUGGGAAUGAAGCCAACAAGCCACUGCUGCUGCCCAAAACUCAAGUGAUUGACCGCGCUGUGAAGGUUCUGGACCAAAUGCCUCCUUAUGACACCCAUAAGAUCGGAGUGGUGUUUGUAGGAGCCGGUCAGGUUAACAAUGAGGUUGCCAUUCUAUCAAACGAGUAUGGUUCGAACCGCUACGCUGCCUUCCUAACAGGCCUGGGAAAAUUAAUCCAUUUGAAAGACUGUGACCCCGACCAGAUAUUCCUCGGAGGGCUUGACCAGUACGGAGAUGACGGAGAGUUUACCUACUGCUGGCACGACGACAUCAUGCAGGCUAUCUUUCACAUAGCCACACUGAUGCCAAACAGGGAGAGCGACAAAGGCUGUUGCAACAAAAAGCGUCACAUUGGCAACGAUUUUGUCAUGGUGGUGUACAAUGACUCUGGAGAGGAGUACAAACUGGGCACCAUUAAGGGUCAGUUUAACUUCGUAGAGGUCAUCAUAAAACCGCUGGACUAUGAAUGUAACCUGGUCUCACUCCAGUGCCGCAAAGACCUGGAGGGAUUAGUCGACACAACAGUGGCAAAAAUCGUGUCGGACCGCAACCUUCCACUCCUAGUCAGGCAGAUGGCUCUCCAUGCAAAUAUGGCCUCUUUGGUCCAUCAGUACAGAGCCAACCCCUCUGAUGCCUACGCCUCUAAGUGGUUAGCAAGAUUACGACACAUUAAGAGGAUCAGGACCAGGGCCCAGGAAGACAUUCAGUCUCGCUCCACUCCCGGCAUCUCUCUGACGCAAGGACACACUCAGCAGAACAAGUCGUUUCAGCAGAGCAGUCCAGCAGCAAACCAAGAAGUCUCCGGGCAAAGGAAAAGACUUGUAUCAACAGUGGAUGAUUUCACAGAUUUUGUGUGAUUAAAUUUCUUGUCCUGGCAGACACACAACCACAGACAUGCACACACCUGCCUUAGAGCUGAGGUGAGUUUACUUUCACCUCUCUGUCUGGGAGAAUUUAGGAUGACAUACUGAUUUUGAUUUAGAACCAUUUGGGACUUUACAGGAAAACUUGAGAGCGUUAUGGUAUCAAAGGCUUAUUUUGUGAUUAAGUAUUGAUAUGUGUAGACAGUAAUUUCUGCAUAUUUUUCGAAAUUUUUUGAAAUGCUAAGGCUUUGCACUUUUUAGGUCUAAUCAUGAUGUUUCUGAUGUGCAACAUGAGAUGAGUAAAGUUGUACAGAACACUACAUUCAAGAGCAGGGUGUGUAAAUAUGUGUGGAAUAAAAAACGCAUUAAAAAGCUUUGUAAUUUG